CCCUGGGGCCUAUGGCUGUUGCGGGGUCUACGGCUGUUGCGGGGUCUUUGAAAGCGGCCUUGCAGGUGGCAGAGGUGCUGGAAACCAUCGUGAGUGGCUGCUUGGGGCCGGACGGGCGUCAGGUCUUGUAUACGAAGCCCACCGGAGAGGUGCUGCUCAGUCGAGAUGGAGGCCGCCUCCUGGAGGCGCUACAUUUAGAGCAUCCCAUAGCCAGGAUGAUAGUGGCAUGUGUUUCCAGUCAUCUACGAAAAACAGGAGAUGGUGCUAAAACAUAUAUUAUCUUUCUCUGCCAUUUGCUCAGAGGACUUCAUGCAGUCACAGACAAAGAAAAGGAUUCUUUCACUUCUAAAAAUAUUCAAACCCAUGGAAGAUACUGGAAAAACUGUUGUCAGUGGAAACUCAUUUCCCAAGCUUUUCUAACCUUUCAGACACAAAUAUUAGACUACAUUAUGGGCCAGUACUUAAGUAAACACUUUCUGUCUGUCUUUCCUUCAUCCACUAAAGAGAGAGCAUUGUGUAGGAGCUCUUUAACCUUGCUCUUAGAUGCAUAUUUUUGUGGAAGAAUAGGAAGAAAUAAUCAAAACUUUAUUUCACAGUUGAUGAAUGACUACUUUUUCAAAUGUAUGGCUUGCGAGAGGCGGUUUGAAGAAGUAUUUGAGUUAGUGGAUGACAGUUUUGUAGAGUUGAACAUUGGUGUCACUGGCCUUCCUGUUUCAGAUUCCAGGAUCAUAGAGGGACUUGUGCUUCAUAGAGACUUUGCUGUGUACUGUCCAGCAGAUGGUGAAAUGAGCAUGGUGAUAGUAACAGAUACCAUUCAACCUCUUUUUUCAUCUUCUGGAUCAGAAUUUAUCCUAAAUUCAGAAGCUCAGUUUCAGACAUCUCAAUUUUGGAUUACAGAAAGGACAAAAGCAAUAAUGAAACAUUUACAGAAUCAGAAUGUGAAAUUGCUCCUAUCUAGUGUGAAACAACCAGACUUAGUUAUUUACUAUGCAAGACUGAAUGGCAUAUCGGUGGUAGAAUGUUUAUCAGCUGAAGAAAUUUCUCUAAUCCAAAGGAUCGUCGGUCUUUCUUCCUUUAUAUCACCACAGGACUCUUUACAAUCUGAAAUCUCUAGCCCUGCUUUGGUGAAAUUUUGUAAGCCUCUUGUCAUUAGAUCUAAAAGGUAUGUUCAUCUUGGCUUGGUUAGCGUAUGUUCAUUUAUACCACACUGUGUAGUUCUUUGUGGACCAGUGCAGGGUCUUGUUGAACAACAUAAGGAUGCUUUACAUGGAGCUUUUAAAAUGCUUCGGCAGUUAUUUAAAGACCUUGAUCUAAACUAUGUGACACCAACUAGUGACCAAAAUUAUAUAUCAGGUCCUUUUACUUACAAGAAUAGUAGAAAAAGUAAUCAACUACCAGAAAUUUUUAAUGACUCGAUACAAAGGUCAGAUCAAAGUGUGAUUGUAAAACAGGAAAAUGAGCAGGCAAAAACUGAAACAUACUUAAAAGUGUAUUCAAAUUUGGUAGGUCCCAGCGUAGAAUUAAAAACAUACACUCCUUGUUCAACACCAAAAGUGAUACCAACAGAUACUUUCCAGACUGAUGAAACAGUGAGUUGUUUAUCUCCAAACAAAACUAGGGUAAUUGAUGACUCUGAACCACUAACUCUUGCUAAUUCAACAACAGAAAACACUAGAAUUGAAACUUAUGAUGAGGAUUUGAAGAUCACAGAAACUGCUGUACAGGUAAGUAUGUUAUCAGUGAGCGAUGAGUCACUGGAUAUGUGUUCUUCCCAGACUUACUGCUGCUCAUCUAUAGCGGCAGGUUGUGUUUUGCCAGUGGGUGGUAAUUUUGAGAUCUUGUUGCAUUACUAUCUUGCCAACUAUGCCAAAAACUGCCAGCAAUCAGAAGAAACUAUGGUUGUUAGUAAGAUGAUAGCCAACGCACUCUUAAGCAUUCCCAGAACCCUCUACAAGUCUAAGAAAAGAAGUAACAGCUUUCCACAAAUAUAUGUCAGAGCUGUCUAUGCACUGCAAACCAACCAACCCCUGGUCAGCAGCCACACAGGUUUGGAAUCAGUCGCUUGUAAAUACCAGUUAGUAACCUCAGUUCUUCAGUGUUUGACAAAAAUAUUAACCAUUGAUCUGGUAAUCAAUAUUAAGAGACAACCACCGAAAAUUUAUGAUCAAGAGUCAGAAGAUGAACUCUAAAAUGGGAAAUUUUUAAACCAGAGUUUAAAUCCUAUUCAAACAGUAAAAUAAAACAGGCACGUGACCACUGAUUCUCAAGUCAAGUGAUUUUUCUUUCUUACGGCGUCUUGAUUAUUUCCAUUUCAUGUGGAAAAGCCUGGCCAAAAAAAUUUUUUGCAUUCUGAAAUUAAUGUCAUUCUGAAAGUUAGUUCCAGAAUAUGAAAUUUAUAUUUCAGCCUUCUCCUGUCUCCUGUGCUUGUAAAAAUAAUUGAUGUAUUUUCCAGGUUUUAUUGUAUUUGCAUAGCCAGAAUUCAAUAAUAAAUAAUUUGAGUUUUUUUCUUCGUAAUGUGGAUUUACAAGCGUUUGUAUUUUAUUUUAGAGGUUUAUAAGUGUAAGUAAUACUGAGUAUCUAGCUAUGGAUAAAGACAGUAUCUUGCUUUUAGUGAUUCUCUGUAACACCCAAUACAGGGCUGUUUAUGCCACAUCAUCAAAGAUGCUUGUUGAAUGAAGUAUUUAGUAUCCUCCUAAAUACUUUUUCCUGCUUACUAAUUAUUCCUACUUAGUGCACAUUGUGUGGCAGAUACUGAAUAUUGUGGCCAACAAGUCGAUAGGUUCCUGCCUUCAAGUACCUUUUCUUGAAGAGGAUGGAUGUUACUACUUAGUUGCAAUUAAAUGUAGAAGAACUGAUUAAAAUGUAAUAAUAGUUAUAAUGAUCUAAUAUACUUAAAAAACUAACAUCUGGGCCCUUCCUGGUGGCAAAACAGGUUUAAAAAGCUAUCCACAGC